AUGAGGGCAGCAGUAGUCCUUCUACUUGCUCCAUUUGUCAGCUAUGUAGUUGGCGAUCUCUUCACAUCUGUUGCUGAUAUGCAAAAUCUAUUGGAUUCAGAGAAAGCCAUUCCUGCUGUACUUCAGAAGUAUAUUGAGGAAGAAGAGAGUCGUCUUAACGGUCUCAAGAAGUUAGCUGAGAGAUAUCAACAGCGAAACGAAGAUUCAAUUGCUACUGGAAACAAAGAUAUUACUAAUCCAAUUAAUGCUUUCCUAAUGAUCAAGAGAAAGAUCUUCGAUUGGAAGGAAAUCGAACAACAGAUGAACACUAACAAAGCUCAAUCGUUCAUUGACAGAAUGACAAAUGCCAACUAUGGUGUUCGUUACCCCACUCAGGAAGAUCUCACAGGAGCCGCCACAGGAAUCCUUCGUCUUCAAGACACUUAUCGUUUAGAUCCCCGUGAUCUCUCCGAAGGAAGAAUCCAACAAGUUCAAGGAAAUUAUACAUUCGAUUCCAACGAUUGCUUCGAGAUCGGACGUUCAGCUUACAAUGAUGAAGAUUACUAUCACACUAUCUUAUGGAUGGAAGAGGCUAGAAGACAAUUAGACAGAGAAGAAGAAACCCUAGAAGCCGGAUAUGCAAAUAAGGAAGAUGUUUUGGAAUACUUGGCUUACUCUCUCUAUAAGCAAGGGAAUCUUAAGCAUGCAUUGAAAUAUACAGAUGAAUUAUAUGCAAUGAAUCCUGAACACCCACGUGCGAAGGGAAAUGUCAAAUGGUACGAAGAUCUUCUGCAAGAAGAAGGAGUCAAGAAGAAGGAUAUGAGAAGAUCAAUUGGAAAUGUUCGUAAUUCUCGUCCAGCCAGUGUACUCGGCAACAAAGAACGAACCAUGUACGAAGCUUUAUGUCGUGGAGAAAUCCCAGUGAGUGAUAAAGAUGUAAGCAAGCUCUAUUGCUAUUACAAACGCGAUCGUCCAUUCUUGGUUUAUGCUCCAAUUAAGAUUGAAAUUAUGAGAUUUAAUCCUUUAGCUGUUCUUUUCAAAGACGUCAUCACUGAUGAGGAGAUCGAUCUCAUUCAAGAGCUAUCAGCUCCAAGACUGGCAAGAGCUACCGUUCAUGAUGCUGCAACCGGAAAACUUGUAACAGCUAACUAUCGUAUCAGUAAAAGUGCUUGGCUCAAGGAUUGGGAACAUGAAGUUGUUCAUCGCAUCAACCAACGUAUUGAUUACAUGACUAACUUGGAUCAAGAGACAGCUGAAGAACUUCAAGUUCAAAACUAUGGAAUCGGUGGUCACUACGAUCCUCACUUCGAUCAUGCUCGUAAGGAGGAAAGCAAAUCCUUCGAAUCUCUCGGAACCGGAAACAGAAUUGCUACCGUACUUCUUUACAUGUCUCAAACACAGUUGGGAGGUAGUACUGUCUUCACAGAUGCCAAAUCAACUAUUAACGUAUCCAAGAAUGAUGCUUUAUUCUGGUAUAAUUUAUAUCGUCAAGGAGACGGAAAUCCAAUGACUCGCCAUGCUGGUUGUCCUGUUCUUGUAGGCAUCAAAUGGGUUGCCAACAAAUGGAUUCAUGAACGUCAGAACGAAUUCCGUCGUCCAUGUGGCUUGAAGCCAUCGGAUAAUGAACGAUUUGUGGGCGACUUAGGUGUAUAUGGAGAACCACGUACAACCCCCAAUCUCAGUCCUGUUCUUUCAAAAGAUAUCUGGGAUACUAUUUAA